GUGAGUGUGUAUGUGUGUGAGUUUGUAAGUAGAAGAAAAAAGCAAGGCUGAAGGUUCUGGCACACUUAGCAGGGUCAGUACAGUGUCGCAGCAUGACAGUGUGACUAGAUUUCCAUUUGGCUCUGCUACUUUCUAGUUUUAAAUGCCUGGCAAAUUAUCUACCUUUUGUGAGGCUCGCCUUCUGAUCUGUGGAAAGACCAUGUCAGCCAUGCUAGUUUUGUGGAACUGUUGAAGAGUAUAAAUGGGCUGAAGUACUUGGCAUGGUGAAGCCUCUAGAAAUGAGGCCAUUGUUGUCUUGAGUUAUAGAGUAGGUCAGGCAGAGACCCUGAUCCUGACUUGUGUGGAGGCAGGCCACUGUGCCUUUGAUGGCCCUCAGUGGAGGAAAUACCGUACUAUGUACUCCUUUUUUUGAGAUUGGCUAGAAAUUCCUAAAUCUGGAUUGGGUAAAGAAAAGACUUUCAAUACAAUCAAAUUUGAGCAAGCAAGAUGGAGAACACCAGGCCUCUGAAGGGAAACCUUUGAGGUAAGGACAAGGGGACAGUGUGUUGGUCUGCGAGUGGAUAAACCGACAGCUGACUUAUAAUGGUACAUGACCACCCUGUGUCCAUGAACAGGCUGCUCUCACCUCUGCCUCUCCGAAAGACACCACAUUAAUUGUGUUUCAUUCAAACCGCAAGAACAGAUGGUUCUGGCUCUAUUCUUGGGAGUUUUACUUUCUGCCUCUGUCAUGUGAUCUGGCCACCUUUGAAAGAGCUUUAGAAGUACCAUUUUUAAGGCACCGCCUCCUAGAAGAAGAAGAAUGUCUACAAAGUCCCCCUGAUCUAUAAAUGUUUUUCUUUCGAAUUUAAUCUUUUGUAAGCAAUAUACUUGACUGCCAUCAGUUUCUGAUAACGACUGUAAAGUCACAAGUGGAACUAACUGAAGGCAUUCGAUAGAUUUGAGAACUUUAGUUUCUAGAAUGAUCGCUGUCUCCACAGGUUCUGCAGAGGAGCACUGAAAGCAACUUGGGGCAGCACUUAGUAGUCCCUUCUUCACCCUGUGGUUCUGCAUCUGGCAGAGCAGAGGGGACCUGUCACUGUGACUUAGUGGCCCUCACUCAUUUUAGCUUGUCAAUAAUGAAAACGCUAAUCCCCAUAGUAUGCUUGAAUAAUUCCGUAUGUAGUUGUAGAUUAAUUGCGAUUCCUGGUUCUAAUGUUGCAAAUGGGGUAGGAAUUGGUCAUCCCAUUUUUAUUGAUCUAGUACCACAUUUUUUUGUUUUGUUUUGUUUUGGUUUGGUUUUUUGGUGAGAUUGUGACUCCAGGUGAGAAGACAGAGGCUCUGUGGUCAAGCUUGGUCCAUCGAUGUCACAUUGGCACCAGUUAUACACACUUAUAUGAGAGUAGGGGAGGAAGCAGAGUCAUGGGAAAAUUAACUCAUUUGGAGUUCAGAGUAUUUGGAGUUUUCCCUCUUCAACCACCCAGGGCCAUUUCUUAGCUGUCCUUGACAGCCUGUAAGUUAGGGUUGCAGGCUGAAUACAAUUUUUCAGAAUUCAGUAAUUGCAGACUCAUGGUUGUUCUCCAUGUAAUUUUUCCCCUACUUAGAUUCCAAUUUAAGAAAUGGGGAUAAAGCACACGAGCACACCAUUGGUUGGCACAUCUGUGGUGUUACCAUGGUUACAGUUUGGCAAGCUUUCCCAUUUAUUUCCCCCUACUGAUCUCUUGGACCCAACUGUGAGCUAAAUGGCUUGAUUUUAAGUUUGCCACUAUUUAGGAAGUAGGUCCAAAAUGACCAUAGUCUUUUAAAAACAGUGGGAAAAUCAUGUUUAUCUUUGCUUGAAAAAAAAAAAAAGAAAACUUGGUGUUGAUGUUCCAUUUUUAUGAAACUAGGAAAUCAGGAAUUUGGAAAGUUUAAAUGAUGUUUGGACCUAAAAAGAGGAUACAUCGCAAUUCACUGUACAUACCCAAUUAUAGAGUGUCAGAAAAUGAGGUCUAUUUCUGUGGCUAGUGUGCACUGUGUGUGCACUGUGUGUAUGCAUUUAUGGGUGUUUGUAUAUAUGUUCAUGUAUACCCACAUGCACAUGUGUUUAAGUGGAGGCCAGAGGUCCACCCUUGAUGUCAUUCUUCAGGUAAUGAAAAUGUAAGCUACAUUGGGACUUGGGGCUUACCAUUUAGGCUAGACUGACUGCCCAUAGAGCCCCAGGGAUCCACAGAUCUCCACCUCCUCAUUGAUGGGAUUACAAGCACGUGUCAACCCAUCUACCUUUCCUUGUGGGGUACUGGAGGUACAGUUCUGUUCCUCAUGCUUUCCUAAUAAGCACUUUGCCUACCGAGCUACCUCUCCUGCCUAUGAUAUUGUCUUUAACAUGAGUUGGCUAGGGUGAUGUAAGUUCGACAGUAGGCUUGAAACAGUGUGUCCCCACAUGUGUUUAUUUUGACACUUUGGCCCUAUGCCUGGGAAAGCUGAGAUCUUUGCCAAUGCCUUGUGUGAAUGGCUGAGGAAGCUCUGGUUUGGGAGAACCAAUCCUCCUUGAGUUGUAAUAGGAAAAAAUGUUCCUCUGAUCCGUUGCCUUCCAGAACUUCCAUUGACUGAUACUAACCUCAGCAUGUGGAAAGGUGACCUCGUGAGCAGGCGGGGAUGAAUUUCUGUUCUCCACAUUGUAGAUAUGUAUUGGUCAUUGGAAGUGAAGAACUGAAGUUUCUCUCAUCCCAAGUCAUCCUGACAUCUUUAGUGUCUAUGUUUCGGUGGCUGUCACAGCUCAGAACUCAGUCCUGUGCACACCAGCAACACACACAGUACCCUGUUGUGCCAAUAAUCAGAGGAACAACUGAACUUAACUUCCGCUCAGUCAUACUUGUAAAUACCAUGCUCCCUUCUCAUCCACUGCUGUGGUGACUGUUUUUACUCUUCAGCAGCUUCAUUGAGGUCUAACUCAGUACCAUCCACAUUGCCAUUUAAUGCCUAUUUGUGUCACAGCCAUCACUGUCCUUUUAUUUUUCUCUUUAUUGGAGAACUACUGUAGAAGGAAAAAGGUCAUCAUGGUAGGGACUUCAUUUAUAUAUAUGAUGAAAAUCACUCCCACUCCCUAGGACAAAAAUGAAUACAGACAAAGAGCUACAAGCAGGAGUUAGAAGUCUGGGUGUGAAGUGUGUAGAGGGUUGCUCUAACCAGCUCUGCAACCUUGCGCAGGUCCCAGAACCCCUCUGAUGCUCUUUAAAUGGAGGUAGUGGUCUGAGCUCAACUAGUGUCUCUGGAGGAGGGGAGGCCUAUAAGGCCUAACCUUGUAGGCAUCACCAACAUUCUGGCUUUGCAACACUUUACCUCACACUUAAGAACCAUGUAACCUAGUUGUGUUUGUAGGCAGGCAGGGCGCGCGCGCGCGCACACACACACACACACACACACACACACACACACACACACACACUAUCUCAUCAUGUCCCAAGUUACCAUUUUGUCUUGUGCCUCAUUUGUAUGUGUCCUGAAGCACACGCAGCCCAUUUCUCAGUCCCUGCUUUAGCCACACAAACCUCUUCCUGCCUCCAGCACACAUCUGCCUUCUUCUAUGUGUACACAUUGCAUUUGCUGGCCAGUUCUUUACUUUCAUUUUAAUUUUAAGGUCAGCCUAGAUGCCUCUUCUCCCAUGAAGUCCUGCCUCAUCUUCUCCACUGGGACAGGUGUCCUCCUCAUAUCUCCAAAGCACUCACCUUUUUACCUCGCCCUGAGCCUGCUAUGAUUCCUACUGCGUGUCCUCUUUGAAUCUGCUUUUGCUGAGCCCGGUCGUAUAUCUCCCUUAAUGACCCCUGCACCAUUAGCCUGGUACCUGGAUCGUAGGAUAACUAUUUGUUGACUGAAUGAACAAGGGAGAAAUGCAGAGGAAUGUUUGUUAUUUCCCUUGCUUUUCUUAUUUGGUUGUGCAGCCCUUAGAGGCUGCUCAGAAGUUUGCUCCCCUCAGAGAUGGCUGGUAAGGACUUCACUGGUGACUUGGCAGGUAAUCCGAGCCCAGAGUGACAGUCCCGAGCUUGGAGCUGUGCAGCCCUUUGCAGCGGCUCUUAAUUACAGUCUCUAUUGCUGCACCUCCCUCAAUGAUAGCCUUCCUGUCUUCCAGGAUGUGACAGCAUCUAAGAUUGUUGCUUUGGCGUGGCCACGUUCCUUGUGAGGAUAAAUGCCUUACCUGACAGGGCUUGUCAUUUGCAGUGCUGCCGCUGUCAAAGUGAGAUGCAAGAUGCAGCUCAGGGCUCAUUCAGCAGUGCCGCUUCUCUGGAAUGCUAAGUACACACACACACACACACACACACACACACACGCGCGCACACACACACGCACACACACACCUCCCAUGUCCUGCGGCUCUGCUCAUUUUCCCACACAGGCAAAUGUCUCCUGAAAGAGGAAGGGGACAUGGAGCCCAUUUAUGGAUUGGUCUUUUAUGUUGGUCCAGGUUCCCCUUGAUUCUGAGACCACUGUAACCUGCCUAAGAGGUAUUGAUUAUUAACUUAAAGGAAUUUACAAAGAGAUUAUAUGUGUUCGAUCUCCAAGACAUUUUAAAUCUGAUCUGAUAAGCGGGUGGCCCGGUCUUUAUUUAUAGAGGUGCCAUAUUCAGAGAUGGCUGACCAUCCGCCCACCCUGACCUUUUCCCGCCUUGUGUAUGGAGUCAUGUAUUACUUUAGGGACUCUCUGAACGCACUAGUCUUCUCUUCGGUACUAUUGUUUCCACUGUGGCUUAUCGGAAAUCAGCUGGUGCUGCCAUGUUCUUCAAUAGGUGGAGCUGAUGGUACCAUGGAGCGGGAGCAGGGACGCUGCUGCUCGAUGUAGCUUGUCUGUGGGAUGCGUGUCUGUGCUCAGGUUGUGCUUGAUGUUAAUGAAGUGGCUCCAAUUGGCGUGUGUAGAGAGCUGUGUAAGCAUCUGAGGACUGUCAUGACUGCUAUUCUCUAAUCAAAGUGCUGCCUAGAAUUAAAAGGGUUCUGUAGCUCUUCGCAGAGCCUCACCUGACUCAUAACACUGAUAGUCACCUAACUCGACUCUUCCUGUGACUCAGAUACUCUCCGGUGAUUUGUAUGGAUGCCCUGUCAUCUCUACCUCCAGUCUCGUCUAGGGUAUGUAGGCCCUCAUGGGCCUGGAGUAAAGGCAGACAGAUAUAUUCUCCUCUCUUCUCCUCUCUCCCCUCCCCCUUCCCCUCCCCUCCUAUCUCUGUAUGUAUGUAGUAGGUAGGUAUAUAUGUACGAAUGUAUGCAGCAUUCGUACAGAGCUAGGUGUAGAUACUUGGAUAUUGGUACCAGAAGUUGACCUUGUUUUGUGAGACAGGGCUAUGUGAGGAAGACCUGGUCUCAGCUUCAUUCAGGUUUGCUAUUUUGCUAUUCCGUAAACCCCAGGGAUCCACCCAUCUCUGCCUUCUCAGCAUUGGGUUUAUACUCCCGACUUUUUAAAAUUUGUUUUGUUUUGUUUUUAAACUCACACCCAUCUUUCUGUGUCAGAUUUCGGUGAUGUGGUGGGCACCCAGUACCACAGCUUGAGCUUUUUUUCAUUUUUUUUAAGUUAUUUUUAUUUUAUGUGUAUAAGUGUUGGCCUGCAUACAUGCAUGCCUGAUGCCCUCAGAGGCCAGAAGAGGGUGUGGGAUCCCGUAGAAAUGGAAUUAUAUUGUAUGCGUUUUACCACGAGAGCGCUAUGGACUGAGUCAUGGUCCCCAAGUGCAGCAAGUGUUCGUGCCUGCUGAGCCGUCUCUCCAGCCUCUAUUUUGUCUUUAUAUGUAAUUAUUUGUAUGCAGGGUGCAGGCAUUUAAACUACCCAGCUUGACUGUUACAACCAGGUCUUAGGCAAGAGCAGGGUGCAGUGUGAGUGCCGAGUCAUCUCUCUAGCUCCACUCUUUAUGUGGGUGGUGUGGUCUGACCCCAGACCUUCAUGCUUGGACAGUGAGCCCUUUCCUGGCUGGUCCUUCUUCCUAGCCCCCAAGGUGUUGGCCGCCCGCAGUGUGGUAAGAGUUUGUUUUCCUCCUGUCUUCCCUCUUUACUGUACCUUCUACACGCAGCAUCGACGUUUCCCCACGGGUCCUCGGCCGUCUGUAGUCUGCUUCCGGCCUGCCUACCUCUACCCUUAGGGCGUAGUAGGUACACCCUGCCUGCUGUUUUCAUGAAAACGUAUUUGUUCUACAUCACAGAUUUCCUUAAAGGAUUCUAGAUCUAGAGCAAAUAUGAAAGGUUCCUUCUGUGGCAUAGGCUUUCCCAUCCCACACGCUGUGUUCCUGUAGCUUGUAUUCUGGAAUAUGGCAACGCUUGCGUAAUGGAGAGUUUAAACAGUGAAGAGCUCUUACCCCUUGGACUGCGUUACAUGUUUUCUCACACGCCACGCGGUGCUGAGAGAAGGCAGUGUCAGCACUAGUUGCUCAGGCCUGGGCUUUUUCUCUCUGCAGUUUCAGUUGUCAUAGUCCCUGUCACCUAUUAAUUAAAGUAGAACCCUCACACAGUCACACAGUAGUCCAGGUAAGAAAUUCUCAACCUAACUUUAAAAGCAUGGACUGGGGGGAGGGGGACCUGUUUCUCGAAUGCAUAUAAUUUGGGAUUAGGAGAGUGGGGUCAGAGUAGGUGAGGUGGGUCACUUGGUAGGAUGGCGCCCAGCGUUCAGAGAGCAUCACACUCUCGCCCCAGUACUGCGAGCCGUCCAGCCGGGCGAUGCCAUAGGCAGUUUCGCACCAGCUAGGCUUUCAUGAGACCCUGCCAUUCCCCGCAGAAAAGUCUGGCGUCCUAUGACUCUUAAGUCCUUUUUCAUCUGAUGGCAAACUGAAGAGACAGGGCAGUCUUUCGUUGUGCUGGACCAUCAUUCACUCCAUGCCUCUUUCUUUCUUUCUUUCUUUCUUUCUUUCUUUCUUUCUUUUUUUUUUUUUUUUUUUUUUUUUGGAGCUGGGGACCGAACCCAGGGCCUUGCGCUUGCUAGGCAAGCGCUCUACCACUGAGCCAAAUCCCCAACCCCAUGCCUGUUUCUUCUUGCCAGUCAAGAAUUAAGUUCCAGUGAGUCAUGAGAAUAGCAGGCUACUCCUGGCUGGGGUGGCCCAUUUCUCCCGGGCUCUGCCUGUUUCUGGGAAUCACCUGCUCACGGUGGCUUCACAGUGUGAGCUUGAUAGGUCCAGGGCCACCAAAAAGAUACUGACUUCAGGAUCCAAGCUGGCAAAGGGUGACUCAUCUUACUUCAUUGUAAUUUAUUGACGAGCUGAGUGCUAGCAAAACUCCAACGCUAUUUCCUGCAAUGUACGUUUAUUAGUAAUAAACCUGACAUUGCUUACAGGAAUUGUUUUGUUCUGGACUGUGAUGGUGACUUUUAAUGAUGCUAUGAAACACACACACAUAAACAUUAUACACAUAUAUGUUCUUACUUAUUUCUUUUUUCUCAUCUUAUAUAUUCUAAUGGGUUCUCUCCUUGAAGUUCAUCAAGACUGGCUUUCAUUUUAACUCUUAAGAAGGACUCUGAAGAGCAGUAUGGUAGGCAGUACACACCUUUAAUAACGGCACUCCAGGAAGAGGCAGUUGGAUCUCUGAGUUUGAGCCCAGCUUGGUCUUACAUAGCAACUUUCGGGUUAGCCAAGGUGACAAAAUGAGACACUGUCUUGAAAUUUAAAAACAAAAACAAAAACAAAAAAAAAAAAGUCUACUCUGAAAGUCUAAAUUCUACAUUUGAUUGGCAGCUGUCAUUUAUCCACUGGUUCCAGUGGAGUCUGAGGACCAAACUGUUGUCCCUCUAUUUGCUGACAGUGGAGAUGGUAGGAAUGGCUGUCUUUACCAUGACUAUAAAGGGAGGGCUGCUGCCAUGCUUUACAACUGAAAAUUUACUGAUGAAAAGAAAGCAACUAAUUGGGCUUAUUAAGUGCAAUCAGUAUGUCAGGAGUUACACAAAACAUUUUGCCUACACUUUUGCCUUUAAUCCUUCUUUUUUGGUUUGUUUUUCUUUGGGACAGAGUCUAACUAUGUAGUCCUGGCUGGCCUGAAACUCUCCUUCCAUCGUGUCUCUGUCUCUGUCUCUGUCUCUGCUUGCCUGUCUGCCUGUCUGUCUAUAUGUACUCUCUUUCUUUGUGUGUAUGUGUAUUCAUGUUCUCUCUCUCUCUCUCUCUCUCUCUCUCUCUCUCUCUCUCUCUGUGUGUGUGUGUGUGUGUGUGUGUGUGUCUCUGUGUGUCUGUGUCUGUGUCUGUGUCUGUGUAUCUGUGUGUGGUUUAACCUUUAAGCUGGUUUCUUUAGCAACUGGUAUGGUAACUGACAGAAGAGCAUCACCACAAAGGUGUGUCUGACCUCAAACCACCUUUCAGAUUCCACUCUGCUCUCCUGGUGGCCCUCACUGCCGUUUUUUUGUUUGUUUGUUUGUUUGUUUUUGUUUUGUUUUUGUCUGUCAUUGUUACAAGGAGAUGUUGACUCUCUGGGGCUUUGAAGGACCUGAGAGGCCAGUAGCUCUUCCAGUUAGCAGUUUCUUUUUAUGCUGUGUAGGGCUAUACCACUCCCUCUUCCCAUGAUAUGUGUCAAGUGUAUUCAAGGAUAGCUGUGAAAUGUCCCAGCCUAACACAAAAUCAUAAACUUUUACCCUGUUUUGCCUUUUCUUUUGUAAUUCAUUUGCACUUAAGCAUGAACUUUGUACACAAUAAUGUUGUUUUGCAAUGUGAGAACUUUACAUGGGCCUUCUAUCUGAAGGUUUUCCAUUGAGGUCUGUCCUGCUCCCUACUGACAUGAAUUUCCAAAUUUACCACCACUGCUUGUUUAAAGUUCUCUUUAGCUUCGGCUAGAAAUACAAAGGAAGAACAUCACUCAUAGGUAGAGGUACCAACAUCUAAAUCCGGCGAGAGUUUGGUCCUGUGACAAAGAAGCAGAUGAGAGGUGGCCACUUUCCUUGGUUUCAAGCUUAAGAUGAGAUAAUAUAGUUUGUUAUUUUAUAUAUUUUUAGUGCAGAUAGAAGACAAUUUAUGUCAGUGGUCCCUACAGGUACCCAUUUUAUUAAUGAUUAAACUCAAGCACAAAUCUGGGUGGGUGGGUGGGUGGUUUGGGUUGGUUGGUUGGUGUGUUGGUUGGGUGGGUGGGUUGUUUGGGUUGGUUGGUUGGUUAGUGUGGUGGUUGGUUUUUCAAGACAGAGUUUCUCUGAGUGGCCCUGGCCAUUAUGGAACGGCCUUGAACUCCUGAGAUCUGCCUGUCUCUUCUCCUGAGUGCUGGGAUGAAAGGUGUACAUCACCAUGCCUGACCCCAAAUCCAGGUUCAACCACCAUUGAGUCCACGCUCUGCUCUUACUGCUCUGCCCGCCGAUGCUUAAAGAUCACAUUUAAAAUUUAUAUACUGAAUCUUAAAACUUCUUCUCUUAAUAACAUAUGGAUUAGUCCUUGGCUGAGUCCGGCAUACUAAUAUAUCUAUUUGGCAGCCAUGUUAAUUUAUUUAAUUGCUUAAUAAUUUCAGCUGACAUUUCCCAUCAACAUUUGUUGCAAUUAAAGAGCAAUUUUUGAAGGUGCAUGAGUGUUUCCGUUGUGUCCUUGCCACCCAUUAUGUAAGAGAAAUUCCUACUAUUUUUUUAGUUUUUCAAAAAGAAUAUUUAAGUCCAGAGAAUUAAAUAAAAUGUAUCUCAGAAAUUGUCCUGGCAUCAAGUGUGUUCAGUGAAAAUAGGGUGGGGGUGUGGCUCGGUUAGUUGAGUGCUCUCUUUACAUUCGUGAGGACCUCACCCCCCACUCAACCUUCUUGGGUUUGAUCUCUAUCACCACAUAAAACAGGGCAUGGGGAUUGUAUUAGAGUCCUCUAGAGGAUCAGAGUCCAUCAGAUUAGUCUGAUAUUAAUAUAUAUUGUAUUUGUAUACUUAUACAAAUAUACACAUAUACAUGUGUAUGAUAUAUAUGUUCAACAGUGACUCUUUGUACUCUGGAGAGCCUACAGCUGCUGUAUACAGACUAUAGCUGCUCAGUUCAUAGACUGGAUGGAUGCUCCACUGGUCUCAACCUGGUGCUCAAGGCCUGGCGAGGCACUGGUGUCCAUAUUGGGAUAUUGGCGCCUAUUGGAAGCUAAGAAGGCUGGGUUCUGUUGUUACCAAAGGAUGGUGGCAGCAGCAGCAGCAGCAGCAGCAGCAGCAGCAGCAGCAGCAGCAGCAGCAAUAGCAUAGAUGCACUUAGCAGCAUUCAGCCCAGGGAGCUCUGCUUUUUCCUUUUUAGCUUGCCCUCCUGGAAUGGACUGUCCCUCUGAGGGAUGAACUAUCCCUUGCUAAUCCUUCAUAAAUAACCUUCUCAGACCUCCUCAGAGGUUGGACUUUUGGUUGAUCCUAGAUUCAUUGGCAGUGACACCCAAGAUUAACCAUACUGGGGUACCCUUUGUGCCCAGCACUUAGUUGGUGGAGAUAGGAGAAUGAAAUGUUUAAGGCCAUUCCCAGUUAUGUAGGGAGGUUGAGGCUCUCCUGGAUUGCAUGAGACUCCAUCUACAAAACAAGAUAAAACCAAACCUCACAGACCCACCACCACCCCCCCCUUUUUUUUCUAGUCCUUUUGGUGGAUUCUGAGCAUUUUUUAAAGUCCAGGUAAGAAGACAUUUCCUCUUGUCAUUGGAUUGUCUUACUAAAGACCAUGACAAAAUGGGGGGUUUGAGAGAUGACUUGGCAGUCGAGCACUGUGUGCUCUUUCUCUGGGUUUGGUUCCCACACAGAUCAGGGAGGAUGAACUGUAACUCCUGUUCCAGGGCACCUGAUAUGCGCUUCUGGCCUCUGUGAACCUCUCCAUCCUCAUGGUAUGCGCGCACAUGAGUACACACACAUACACACACACACACACACACACACACACACACACACACACACACACACACCAAAUAGUUUACUCUUGAUUUACUAAAGAUAAAAACAAACUUGCCUAAACACAUGAUAGAUAUGCUCAUGCUUAUCUGCAUAAUGGUUUAAAUCUUUGCUGAAUAUUUGACCGUGUGGGACAUAGAGUUCUUGAGUGUCUUUGAGAGUUGAUCCGUAGCUUGGCAGUACCAUGGUGAGUGCUGGAAUGCUGCUUUACACAGGUGCAUAGCACCAGACAGCAGAGGUAUAUUUACAGCCAUUUUAGAAAAGUUUGAAACUCCAAGCUUGGUACAAACCAAAAUUCACUGAGCCAGUUUUUUAAAAUGCAAUUCAAGUCAGCAGCUCAGACAGUGAUUUUAAGAAUCAAACAAUUUAAUACAGUAUCAUCCAAAGAUAAGCCAAUUUGAUAACAUGCUGAGGAAUGACAGUAGGGGAAAUUUUAAAGGCUUUCUGUUUUGCAUAGCUAAAUUAUGUUCCUCUAAGAGCAGAAGACUUCAGGAGAACAGUAAAAGUGCUGUGAUGUAUAACCUAUGGCGCAGGUAGCUGAGCCUAGAUCCUGUAGAUGGUGUUGCUGAUGCUACAGGGGGUAGCGUGCUCAGUGCAAGUCACCCUUCAGGACAGGGCAGUAAAGUCACAGAUUGAGAAGAGUAAGAACAAUGACAGACACAAAUACCUCAGGACGCGUUCGUGCUGGGGUCUAAUUGUUGGUCAUUUCACAUUCAGAUCCCUCUUACUAUUGCCAGACAUUUCGUAUCCCCCACGUUCAGUUGUAAGAUGCUUUAUGGAUUUCAGCACACACUUUUAGAAACUGUUAAGCUGGCAAGAUGGCUCAGCAAAUGAGCGCACUUGCAAUGAAAGCCUGGUGACCCGAGUUCAAUCCCUGGGUACAAUAGUGGAAGGAAAAACUUCUGAAGGUUUUCCUUUGACUUCUUCAUGCACGGCGUGGCACAGGAUCGUCGGCACUCACCACAGCUUGUUCUCUCUCUCUCACUCUCUCUCUCUCUCUCUCUCUCUCUCUCUCUCUCUCUGCACACACACACACACACACACACACACACACACACACAGAGAGAGAGAGAGAGAGAGGAGAGAGAGAGAGAGAGACUCUGAGGUGAAAUGCUCAAUGUGCUUUUAUUAAAUUUAGACUAGAAAACGUCUGUUAUUCCAUUGCAAUUAUAAUAUGAACAAAAUGGUCAUAUUGAUGAAUGGCAUACUGCAUUUAAAAUUAGGCCAUUAACUUGUGAAGGUAGCAGGGCAACACCAUAAAUGAACCCUUUAGUAAUCUCCAAGAAGGAUCCUCCCUCCACAUACAAUUAACUGGUUACCACUUCAGUCUGGAAACGUGCACCGAAGUAUACGGCCAGGGUGAAUAUACAGCUAAUGUCGGUUCUUCACAAACAUCAAAAGCAACUGAACAUAUAUUGCCUGGUCAGAGAGGGAGAAAGAGAGUAACAGGCUAGCAGGCAGGAAUGUUAGCAGUGGGUGAGGCUGGGACAGGUCAUGUGACAGACUGCCUUUUAUCCUUUUUAUCCCUUUGAUUUCUUUAAAUUAUGAGGUACUGCCAGAUAAGUAUUAUUAAAAGGAAACCAACCCAGACCCAAAAGAGAUAAGUUAACCAAUUAUUGUUUAGGAGAAAAGGAAUGUAUGUCUUCACCCGUGGAGCGCUCUUCCUAUAUCAGUGCCUUUAGCCUAAAGCUGAGAUUUGCUGAGCAGCCCAUUGGAUCAUGAAGUCGAGACCGUCCUGAGGGGUGUGCGUUGGGGGAAAACAAAAAUCUCUUGUGGAAAAGCGAAUGUAUGCUGUUUUAAUUACAGCAUGUCAUGCCGUUAUUGCAGAACCCUAUGAAGUUAGGCAUGUCUGUUAUACUGGUACUGUCUUAUCGGUCAGGAAGAGGCUGGUUGACUUUCUUUUGUGAAAUAGAACUGAAACACCAGCGCUCGAUUUUCAGUCAAAAUUCUAUAGCUUUUUUGUUGUUGUUGUUGUUGUUGUUGUUGUUUGUUUUUUUAGACUAUGAGUAUAAUAGUUGUAUGUAUUCUUAUCUCGAAAAUAAGUUAGGAGUAAUCAUUUCUAGUAAAUUCUAAGGAUCCGCUAAUGGGAUCUAGAUGACUGUAAACGUAUCCGUAGAAUGAUAAUUAUUUACAGGCAUAUGCUGAGGGCUUCAUAGGCCAGGUUUAAAUCCACUGUAGUGUAAUCAUCUCAUCAUCAUAUAACAGGGUGCAGUUAUUCUCAAGGUUAAAUAAGUUCAAAAUCUCAUUACCUCUCAGUCAUAGAUCUGUACUGUGUUACUCCAUGAGAUCCACUCUUAAUCAGAGAGUGAUAGUGCCUAGAGAGAGAGUGUUUUUAAAAGAAAAAGAAUUGGUAAUUCAGUACGGCCUUCUUCCUGGUAGGCUUGUGUUUUAUUAUUCUCUGUUAAUUAGGUUGUAGUCUUAGAAUCCCAUGAAAGGCACCGUGGUGCUCAAAUCCAAGGGCUGCUAUUCCGUCAUCUGCGAUUUAUGCCCUUGAGGGACCGUAUAGCCUUACGCAAUAGCCCAGUUCUAACAGUGGGUUCUUUGCUAGACACACAGUUUGAGAGGGAGUGGAAUAAAACUGCUACUCGUUUUGGAAGUGUGUAUCCCGAAGAGGCUUCCUAAAUAUUGCAACACAGUGUGUUAUCCAGGCGAUAUCUGCUACAGAUUUAGCAGAAACCCAAUCCAAAAGAGUUCUUCAUUCUUCUUCCUUCUUAAUUCAUUCUUUACAGUUUCAAAUUUAAACAUGAUCUUGGGUCUGAACCUGAGAUACUUCCAGAUCUGUGGCUCCCACAGUGUGACAAGCAGGGAAGUAAACACAGAAACCUGAUCAGCUAGUUUAGCAGACUCAAGGGCGAAUGCCACCCAAAACAGAGGAAGGCCUUGGUUCAGUCUUGGUCUAGAUCACCUUUUUCCACACUGUGAGAUUACUGUGGGCAGAUUGGGUUUACUGUUGGCGCCUGUGGGAACAUGUUUCCUGAUCUUUCUUAUCAUUAGAAAUCCAUCAAUGGUUUUUCCAAAUACCACCUGCUUCCCAUCUAGCCAACCACACGUAGAACAUGUAAUAAAACAAACAAACACCUGGCAGCCGUCUGUACUGGGCCUCCUUCUCCGCUCCUUGUCUGAUCCAUGUAAAUAGCUUCAGUUGCAGGCUUCCACAUCUUUGAGCUUAGUCACUCUGCCAUGCUUUCUGCAUGGUGAUGGACUAAAACCCUCUGAAACUGGGAGCCAAAAGAAGUUUGUCCUUUGUUUCUGUGAGAUAUUUUGCACCAGUGACACAAAUUAAUUAAUGAACUACCAGGAUUGACCCUUAAUGAGCAGUGACUAUCCACCCCGAUUUCUCAAUUAGAAUAUCCAUUUAUUCAGCCUAUAUCUGCUCAUUCCUCUGCCUCCGGGGGAAAAUUUCUACUGAACAGCAGCACCCAGCAGAUGAAUGUGUUGGGUGCUCAGCGUUAGAGAUAAGCUGGGUAAAUUUCCUGCUUUCAGAGAGUUUGCUGUGUAGUAAGGAAGGCAAGAAGAGUGCGGGAGAUAACCUCCGUAAGCCCAGUGGGUCAGUGUGACAUGGGUUGCCACAUAAUUAACCAAAGAGAUGCAGGGACAAGCAGUGGAGGAGCCGGGAACUGUCUAUGUCCACCCUGUGACUGUGAGCUAAUAGACCCACCCAUUAGUGCCUUGUAUGCUGUUUAGUACAUCAUCAUGUUGUCUGUAGGUCUAUGUGAAAAGGAUGUUAAAGCCUUGUGUAGUGGUGCAUGCCUUUAAUACCAGCACUUGAAGGAUCUCUGAUUUCUCGGCCAUCAUGGACAUAGAAAAAAAUUUUUUUUAACUUGAGGCCCAUAAUGAGGGAGACUUUAGACAAAUGACCUUGGCCCUACCUGUCCUGGCUAACCCAUGACAGUAAUGACAUUCUUCCCAGCUUCAGGCUCAGCUUUGGUCGCUUGUUAGGAGCAAGAGUUUGUGAUAGCCUCAGGCCUUUCUCAGGGCUUGGCCUUGAAGCCCCCUGUUCUUUACUCUCAAGCCACCUAUCUCUUCUACAUUUGACUUAGGUAGAGUUGAGAUUUUCCGCCCUUUCCUGCACUGUUAGGAGUGGCCCAUUCUGUUGUCUUAGGAGUUCCAUUUGAAAAGUGAGACAAGUUUUGGUUAGACUGGAAUUGAAGUUAUUUUUAAGGUCCCUUGCUGGUAACCAGUGGGGAUUUAUUCCCCUGGUUUCUGUAUGUAAAUGUGUUUGGUGUUAGGGACAGGGCCAUUAAAUCCUUACAGCCUAUGAGAGCUGCAGCGUUUGUAUUCUCCGUUUCCUCUGGUGAUUUUAAAGAUAUAUAUGCCUUGUUUUCAUCUCUAAUUGGUUUUACAUAGCUUCAGCUCCACUUAAUUAGGACUUGCGAGAGAAACACCACAUCUGUUUCAGUAGAAUUUUGCAAGAAAACCUUGCUUGAGUGGUAGAUGAAAUGUUCUUCAGUUGUGUGGUAGGACUUAAAAUGAGACGUACAUACAUACGUACGUGUGUGUGUGUGUGUGUGUGUGUGUGUGUGUGUGUGUGUGAGAGAGAGAGAGAGAGAGAGUGUGUGUGUGUGUGUGUGUGUGAGAGAGUGUGUGUGUGUGUGAGAGAGAGUGUGUGUGUGUGUGUGUGAGAGAGAGUGUGUGUGCGUGUGUGUGAGAGAGAGAGAGAAAGAGAGUGUGUGUGUGUGUGUGCGUGUGUGUGUAAGAGAGAGAAAGAGAGAGAGAAUGUGUGUGUGUGUGUGUGAGAAAGAGAAAGAGAGGGGGGAGAGAGAGAAUGUGUGUGUGUGCGUGUGUGUGUGUGAGAGAGAGAAAGAGAGAGAGAAUGUGUGUGUGUGUGUAUGUGCGCAUGCGUGUUACCUUGUAUGUAUUGAUUCUUCUCCCUCCAUGCGUUCCAGGGACUGACUGAGGUCUUCAGGCUUCCAGGCAUGUGUCUUGACUCUGCUGAGGCGUCUAGCCAGCCCCAGUUCUGUCAUCUCUUACUAACGUUGCUCUUUUGAAAUGCAUCCAUGUGCCUGAGUGUAACAGUAGUCUCGUUUUUCCCCACUGGAUAGUUCUCAUCGUAUGGAUAGACGGCCAUCCUUCCCGCUGGUUUCACUGGGCUCCAGCUUUUAGCUCUUCCUGUAUGUGUUUUUAUAUGACUGGACACGUCUGCACAAUACAAUACCUGGAGGAGGGUUGCUGGUCAAAGUGAAGACAUAAAUCUGGUAGUGGUAGAUGUUGUCAGAACACAUCCAGAGUGGCUAUAGCUUUUACUGUGCACCUACGUGGAGCUCGGGUCACACCUCAUUGUCAGAAUCAUUACCUACUGUUGGUUUUAUAAAAUAAAUAUUUUUGUCAUCUUAGUGGGAUACAGCAGUGUCUCUUUUGCAUUCUUGCUGAUACAAAAUGACGUUGAGCACCAUGUCCAGGUGUUUGUUUCUAUUUUCCUUGUAGAUUAUCUCUUUUCCAAAGCUGUAGCAGGAGUUCAGUCUUCCACUUCGUCUCUGAGUUUGGACGGACUGUAGAGUGAGUGCAGAGACAUCCUUGGCAUCGUAACAAAACUGCUAAUCCAGCCGGGUGAGAAUAAGACCAGUACCACAGUUGUCGAGCUAAAUUUGAAGCACGUUUUAUUAAAUACUGUCCAGGACAAUGGCUAUUGGCCAGGUUCAUACCCAGGAUCCUCAGAGAAUGGCUCCAGAUCUAUGAGUCAUGGACUUACUAAGGCAAACCCCACUAGGCUACAUACUUCCUACCCUCCUCCAGUUGGGGCAAGCGUACAUCUUGAUAUACUUCCUGCUGUGAAUCUUCUGCCUCCAUGUGAUCAAGAACAUUCUGUGCAGUUGAGGCACACACGGCUUGUUAUCCUCCAUCAGAGGUUCUCAACCUGUAGGUCAUGACCCGUAUGAGGGGAAGAUUAAUAAAUCUGUGGGGAAGUUUAAUAAAUCUUUUACAUGGGUCGCCUAAGACAAUUGGAAAACACAGAUAUUUACAUUAUGAUUCAUAACAGUAGCAAAACCGUAUUUAUGAAGUGGCCAUGAAAAUGGUUUUAUAGUCGGGAGUCACCACAGUGUGAGGGACUGUAUGUAAAAGACUGCAGCAUUAGAAAGGUUGAGAACCACUGUCUUAUAUGAACAAUUGCCCCUAGCAUCCCUAGAAGUUAUCUGUCCUUGCACAAGUGGGGCUUACAGGUUAGAAACAUUUCGGUUUUAUAGAUCUCUUAAGCACAGUAAUUUAAACUUAAACCAUAACUUUAGCCAUCACAAGACCUGUCUUUAAAGAAAAAAAAAGGCAUUAAAUAGUAGAUCAAAAAUCAAGCAUUAGAAACUUCACUUGGGUCUAAGGAAGAGGCUCAUUGGGUAAAGAGCUUGCCUUUUAAGCACAGAACUUGAGUUUGAUCUACAGAACCCAUGUAAAAGUGUCUGGAUGUGGUAGCUUAGAUUUAUAAUCUCAGUGCAUCAGAGACUGGCAGAUUCCCAGAUUCCCAGUCAUUCACUGGUCUGCUUAGUGAGUUUCAGACUCAGUGAGUGACUUUGUCUCAUUAAAAACAAGAUAUGAUGGCCCUUGAGGAAUGAUACAGCUUGAGGUUGUCUUUUCCCCCUACAUGCUUGCAUGCACAUUCAUACAUAGCAUAUGCACAUACACAGACACGCAAGCACAUACAUACUUAAAGGAAACCUUAUGGAAUGGGUCCAGUCCUGCCUACUGUAUAGGUGGGCCGCAGUAAGAGGGGGAAGUGUAACGCGAUCACCAAGUACCAAGCAGUGAGCACUCUGUUCCAGGCCUGGAAGAAGGCACAGGAGAAUAACAUCUAAAUUAAGAAAAUCUAUUCUUGUAUCAGGGGUCAGAUUCAUUAAGACAUUGUAACGGCUUUCCCUUUCUCUUUGUGUGUGCCCUCACCUGCCUUCUAUUCUUCUGCAGAACAAAAAGAGAAUGGUCACAUGCAUAAUACAUAUGGGGCUAAAGCGUCUGAUUUGUUACAAAGGCACACUGGAGGUCAUAUCGGUUCUCCUAAGAAAUUUGUCUUUGCAAGGGAGACAGAUGUGUAGUAAAAGUGAGUUUCUUUUUAGACUCCACUAAGAUAAAAUGUAAAUGUACCACUCAAUUAGAGAUGUCUCCCUGCCCCGCUAAGGGGCAGGAGGGAAAGGCCUGGGCUUUGUCUCUCAUUCAUUCUCCCUCCUUUGUUACUGAGCUCCUCAGAGAUUCAGGUUGUUCAUUUUAUGAAGUAGAGGGAGCAACACCUUCCUUGUAGCCUUGCAAGGCUUUGCUCAGUGCCUGGCCCCAGUCAGGAAGCACUCUAUUGGGAGCUGCUGUCAUGGGUGAUGCUCAUGGGAGAGUGCUGGUGCUGAUGAAGAUGAUGAAGGGGCCUCUUUGGCUCAGAGGGACCGGGAACCCUGUGAGGCACAUCAGGAAGGGCAGUUUUCCCCACGUAUCCCUUUGCAAAUCAGGCUCAGGGCUAGCCCUGACCUCCCAGAUGAAUUACAUGAGUUUUGUUGUUCUGUUCCGAUGUACGUGUUUGGAAGUGUGUGUUAACCAGGCUGUGGUGGUACAUGCCUUUAAUAGCAUUUCUCAAGGAAGAAACUGAAGAAUCUCCAAGUUCUAGGCCAGCCCAUAGACUGCAUUCCCUGGACAGCCAGGGACUUACAGAGAAACCUUGUCUUGAGAUGGGCUGGGGUGGGAGGCGUAUAUUUAAAUAAGAAUAAAAUCACAGUGAUUUAAGAAGGUACUGGGAUUUAGUUCAGAAAACUUCCAUCAUCCUGGCUGUGGAAUACUGUUAAGGUUAUUAGUAAAUGCAAAUUUCAAAUGUGGCCUCAUAACCCCUCCACCAUCGGAUGUCGGUACUUGGAUAAGUUGCUUCCCUUGGGAUUCCUAUGUUCUUUUCUCUUCUUUUCUCUUCUUUUCUCUUUUCUUUUCCUUCCUUCCUUCCUUCCUUCCUUCCUUCCCUCCCUCCCUCCCUCCCUCCCUCCCUCCCUCCCUCCUUCCUUCCUUCCUUCCUUCCUUCCUUCCUUCCUUUUUUUUUACUUAGACUUAUAGAGAGGACUGAGAGACAUAACAUGGAAAUAUGACCUGGUACACAGUUGGUGGCCAUGUUGCUGAGAUAAAUCCAUGCUGAUGGGUAGUGUCAAGUUUAAUGAUACUUCUUUAAGAGCACAGUUGACUGUUACAAAGGAAAGUGUGUGUUUUAAGCACACCUACCAGACCAUGUAGCCUUGCUCAGCCUUGUCUGUGUGUUGUGGCUAUAAGCAGGCUCUGGUUCUAUAAUUCUGUCACCAAAUGUUUCACGCUCUUUAGAGCAGUUGCAACUGAGAUAAAUCUGCUGUAUAACUAGCCUACCAUUGAGCGAUCUAUAAUUUACUGGCAUAAAACACACUAACCUGCACAUUAAAUGGUAAGUGUGAUGUAGCCUUAUUUUUUUUCUCUCUCCCCCUCAUUAACUAUAAAGCCUUUAAGCAUGCUUUCAAGAUAGGUCAGGCAGUGCAAAGGGGUCCUGGUUGGCCUCGUGGGCUUUUACUUUUGUUGCUAUUUCUUGAGCUGUCUGAAAUGAAUGGCUGGCUGUCUGAAGGCAGGUGAGCGUUUUUUUUUGCAGUAGUGCAAAGCCCCCAUGAAGCACACCCAUGUUGCACACCCAUGUUGCACAGCAUCUCCCCUAGCAAAUGCACAUCUCUGCUUCCUAUCCUCUUUAGUUACUCACUGUAACAGCUUUUCUUCAGGACUUCGCAUGGGUGUUCUAUGAGAAGGCCAUAAUGUACCACACACAUGUAAAACGUUCAUACGUCAUGUCCCCUGUUCUCCUGUGUUCCGAACCCAGUGAGAGCCACAGCGAAGAAGACCAAAAGGUGACAAGAAAAGGCUUAAGGAAGGUUACAGUGUUGAGACGAAAAAGUAUGACCUUGUAAAAUAGCUCAUCUAUCGUGAGGCCCUAUAAACAAUGAUCCCACUCUGACAGCACCCUGCUCAGUACAAGUUUGGACCUUCUGGAACUUUUAUCGUUGAUGGCGCCAUUGUAGAAUGUUUUUUCCCCAUUUGCUAUAUGAUUCCCCAGCUGACUUAGGAGAGCCUCUGAAUUGUCCAUGAGAUUGCUUUCUCUAAGGGUGGAGGGAUCACUUCCUCACGUGUUUGUGGUAAUUCAAGUCAAAAUCCAGGUGGAAAACCUCAAUUCAAGCUGUUACAUUUUCUUCCCUUUUUACUUAUUGUGUAAGUCAGAGGUUCUCGUCGGGAAAACGGGCCUCUGUGGACCCGUAUGUAACUGCGAAGUGAUUUAUCGUUUGCCUUUGAAGUUACAUGAAAGUCGUCAUAUUCCAUAUGCAGGAGGAAACACCAGCAGUGAUUUCCCAUCACCUCUUGGUUAUAAAUUGACAUAAUUAUCAGGUCCUUUGACUAACUUAAAAAGCAUCAGAUAAGUUGGAGUUCUUUUGUUUGGCUUCUCUUUCUACAGCAAUAUCUCUUACCUCCUAAAUGAGCAUUAUAGACUCACCUUAGGAGAAAAUCAGCCUCCUUUCCUGGCACAACUUUGCUGCAGAAUCCAAGCAGGUGUACUUAAAAAUUGUGCCCUUAGCAAGGGGACUCAUUUGGAUCAGUGGCUCCUGUGUCCUAUAAAACCAGUACUUCUUGAUUUGUAGAUAUGUUUUCCCACAUUUGGGAGUAUAGAAACAUGGAUGUAUAUAUGUAAUGUUAAAGUUUUCUUUUUUUCAUUGAGAAUUUUAUUAAAGAAUAUAAUUAAAGUUUAUAAUUGAAUAUAAAUCAAAGUUUAUAAUUAAUAACACAUUAAAACUAAGGGUCUCUCCCUCUGCCCCCACCCCCCACCCCCAGUCUCAGUUAUCCUAGAAUAGCUUUGAACUUGACUUAUAACUAAGCAUGACUUUGAGCUUCUCAUCCUCUUGCCCCUAUAUCCUGAGGGCUGGGAUUUCGCACAUGAUCCGUCACACCUAGUCUGUGCAGUUGUAGGCAUUGAACCCUGGCACUCUGCUUUCUUUGAGCAAGCAUUCUGCAUCUGAGUUAUAUCUCCAGCCCCCAGACACGGAAAGAUUGAUACUGAAAACGAAACAAAACAAAAAACCUUACCCUAGUGCUGUGGUCUGAAAAAUGUCCUCCUAAAUUCAAAUGUUGAAAUUAAUGGCCAAUGUGAUAUAUAAGACUUAAAUCAAGCCUUGAAUGUGAAAAGAUUUACAGCUGUUAUCAGAGAGCUUAAGAUAAUGUGUUUGUGUUCUGUCUUGGCUCUGUCCUGUGAUGACCAAGCUGCCAUCUUGGUACAAAAGAGAGUUCUUAUGAGACUCCCAAGCCUAUGGGGCACAUUUGCUUUGAAAUCUCCACUUAACUGAACUAAACAACUGCCUGACACAAACCUCACAAAUUUCUGCUUCUUACAAACGCCAAUGCAAAUGGACUAAGACGCAGACUAUUUAUUUUUGUUACUUGUGCUUUGAAUUUUCGUGUCUAGGCUGAUAAAUCAGCCUGUGGGUGACUUUAGUUCAAGUGAGUUGCCUUGGUAUCCACCCCUUAUCUACCUCCAUGGCUCCACCAACCAGCAGGAAGUUCCAGCCACAUUUUUAAUGAAUACCUUAGAGUGUUUCAUUCUGUGCAAGCAUCAAAUUAUUGUAUCAUUACCACAUACAUUUUUGUUAUUAAAAAUAAAAGCACAAAAAUGUCAUGUGACCUUUGUAAUACCAUGUGUUUACCUUUUAUCUGAUAGUCAUAGACUGUUUAAAUCCUCUAAUCAUUUGCCUAGUAUGUGUAAGGUACCCUGGGCCUUCAGCAUCCCAUGCCUAAUACACACAACAUAUACACUCCUAUCUGAGGGCCAGACAGCGGAGCAUAGCGGUGUAAGCUCAGUGUGGGAGUGCCUGCUCAGUAUGUCAUACAAGGCCCUAAGCUUAAUUCCCAGCACUGCACAAACAAAAUGAAACAAAAUAUCUUUCUGCUAUCUUUUUCCAAUAAUUCACAAAUGUGUUCUGAAUUGCCUUUGCCUCACUGUGGCAAAGUGUCUGAAGAAAAAUCAGCUUAAAGGAAAGGGCUGUUUUGGCUUCCUGUCAGAGGGUUUUGGCUUGUGCUUGCUUGGCCCCAUUGCUUUUGAGUCUGAAGUGUAACAGGACACCAUAGCAAAGGGGUGUGGUUGAAGAGAUCUCUUCACUUCAUGGUGGCUGAGAAGCUGAGAGGUGAGAGGAAGACACAAACACCCUAGUACCCAGAGGUCAUGCUUCUAACCGCCUACCAGUCCUCACUUCUUCAAGCCCGCCUUACAAGCCUGCCUUACCUCCCACCGGCCCCACAAUGGGACAACCAAAUGUUUAAGAAUGGACUUUGGGGGAUAACACCAUAAACCAUAGUACGUAUGAGCAUAUAUAAAAGACAAAGAAUGCGUAGCAAAGAAUGUGCAUUUGGUUAAUUAUAUAAUGGGCACUCUCCUCUAUUUUAUGGCUGGGUAAGAACUUUCUGUGAAAAAUCCCACCAUGUGUGCUUGCUUGCUUGUUUCAUUAGUUGGGAGCAGGGAGGAGACAUUAGACCUUUUAGUGUAACUGUGUUUUAUUUAGUCAUUUCUCUCUUUCGUUUUCUAUGGUUUUGUUCUUUGUUUUGUCUUGUUGUUCUUUGUUUUGAACUCUUCUUUCAUACUUUACAUCAGGACUGUAGUUUCCUCCUCCCUCCCUCCCAGUCCCUUCCCCUCCCUUCUAGUCCCUUCCCCAGGAUCCACUUCUUUAUUUCCCUUUAGAAAAGUUCAGACCUCCCAGAGUUAUCAACCGAAUGUGACACAUCAAAUUGCAGUAUGACUUGGCACAACCCCACAUAUUAAUUCUACUCCUUCUUAAAGCAGUUUCGUUUGUGUAUUAUCCCAGAAAAUAACAUCUGUCUAGGUUAUCAAACUAAGAGUUAUGUAUGGCAUUCUCUUACACAUGAAGAUAAAGUUUUUCUAAUUAUAAUGCUUUCCCUUCUGUUUCUGAAACAAAUGCCAUGAUUUCUUCCUUCUCUACUAACGGAUUUUGUUUUCCAAAGAGUUUUUUCUUACACUUUCACAGAAAACAACAAACAAAAAUCUUCCUCUUUUCAUCCUUUUUUCCUUAUUGCCUGUAGUUUCUUAUCUAUAUUUUUUACAUUUUAGCUUUUUAAAUAGCUUCAUUGAAAUGUAUCUAUCUCCCAUUUCUUAAAACUCGUUUUAUAGCCAGGCAGUGGUGGUGCAUGCCUUAAGUCCCAGAGAGGCAGGCGGCUCUCUGAGUUAGAGCCAAGCCUAGUCUCCAUGGUUUUAGGACUCUAGAGAAAACAAGGAAACGCUGUCUAAAGAUUCCAAAGACCAAUCAGACAAACACACCAGCAGACAAAACUCAUCUUUUUAGUCUAUACCUGCCUUUCUAUAUCCCUGGAUUCAAGCAACUUCAGAUUGUCUUUUAAGCUCACAGUGUGGGCUAGAGAGAUGAGAUGGCUCAGUGGUUAAGAGCACUGACUGCUCUUCCAGAGGUCCUAAGUUCAAAUCCCAGCAACCACAUGGUAGCUCACAACCAUCUGUAAUGGGAAUCCUAUGCCCUCUUCUGGUUGUCUGUAGAUGGCUAUAGCGUACUCAUAUAAAAAUAAAUAAAUAAAUCUUUAAAAAAUUAAGCUCACAGUGGAUGUAUCAAACUGAAGUUAUUAAUGACUUUUCUAUUCUUAUCACUGUUAUCAAAGCAACACAUUCUAACUAAUAACUCUUGGGUAUUAUAAGUGACCCAGAGAUGACUUACGGUGUUUGAAGGUAUGUGUAAGUUAUGAACAAGUACACGUUCUUCUGAGUGUUUACUUCCUUUUCACGAUGAUGAAUAAUGCUACCACAAAUGCUCAUGUAUACAGUUUUAAAUUGGCAUAUAUUCUCAUUUCUCUUGGACAGCCUAUGAAAUGGGAUUGCUUUGUCAUAUCAUAAAUAACACUUUGAGUCUGGGCCUGAUUGUCCUCCAAAAUGGCGGCUCCAGGGUGUCUCCCUUUUGUCCUUGCUAGUUGUCUUUUUCCUUGAGAAGUCUUCAUCACUAAGAGGUGAUAUCUCUUGGCUGUGACUUGCGUUUCCAGAUGGAUUACCCAGUCAUAUGAGCACAUUCUUAAGUGUUUAUUGGUCACCUGUGUAUCAUCACUGGCAAAUGUCUGUUUAAUCCCUUCACUAGUUGUUAAAUGGGCUGUUUGUUUUUGUAUUAAGUAGUUGUAGAAGUCCUUCACAUAUGUGUAUAUAAGCUGCUCAUCAGAUAUGACUCUCAAAUACUCCCAUUUGGUGAUUCUCCUCUCCUUAUCUUGGUAUUAUUAUUCUCAGGGGGAAAAAAAGGAUCUCUUCAAUCUGUAAUGUGCCAAUAUUUGUGUGUGUGUGUGUGUGUGUGUGUGUGUGUGUGUCUGUCUGUCUGUCUGUCUGUCUGUCUGUCUGUCUCCUUUUGGGAUCAUUGCCUAACUGAGGACUAUAAACAUCAAUAAAAUGCUUUCUUCUGGGAGUUGUAUCAAGUUCUGUCUGUCAUUGCUUGUGUGUAAAAUUUUGCUUAUGGUGUGAGGAGGGGGCAGCUUUAUUCUUUUCUUUCUUAUUUUUUUUUUUUUUUGGACAGUGUUUUUCUAUGUAGCCUUGGCUGUCCUGGAAUUUGCUCUGUAGACCAGGUUGGCCUCAAACUUGGAGCUCUGCCUGCCUCCUGAAUGCUGGGAUUAAAGGUGUGUGUCACCACCUCAGGCCAGCUUCAUUCUUUUUCAUAUAGGUAGUUUUUAUUCUCAGCACUGUUAGAUCAUUUUUAAACCUUUUAAAAGUUUAUCUUAUGUCUAUAGCUUCAUAAGUAGCAUAAUUCAUUAUUCUCUCAGUCUUCAGUAAGUGUGCAGAAGGCUGUUAUUUCCUGAGUCUGAGUACCUGGGCACAUCUUGCAGGUUUAUGUCUGCUGUUGGUACACAUCUUUAGCCUCCUCUCUAUUGUUAAUAUCUAUUUUUGUUCCAGUCUAGUUAGUGAAUGUGGCUUGGGUUGUCAUUCAACAUAAUUUUACCAAAGAACGAUUCACUACAGGACCCCUUUCCCAACCUCAUAGAUGGCUUAUACCUGUUUCUUAUAUCCCACAGGACUCUGCUCUUGGUAUGUAUUCAGGAAAUUCAGGGAAUCUGAAUUUACAGAAUCUGGGUAUGGUGAUGCCCAGUUGUAAAUCCAGGGCAUGAGGCUGAGGCAAGCUGACAGUGAUUGAGUUCAAGACCAGCAAGGACUACAUAAUGAGAGCCUGACUUAAAAUAACAAACCGAAAUAGAGGGAUCUGAUCACCAGUUGAAUCCUGGCAUGGUGCUGCAAGUCUGUAAUCCCAGCACAUAGAAAGUAGACGCUGGCUUGUUUUACCUGGAGAACUCCCAGCUGUCUAGAGAUAAACAGCAAGACCCGAUAUCUCAAAGUACUUAUCUGUCUCCUUAAAAAGGCAUGUUCAUAGAUAGCAGAUCCACGCCCAGAGGAUAGCUAAGGUGAUUGAUGAGAUAACAGUCUCAGCCUGGCAUUUACCCACGUCUGCAUCCUCCUACCUAGUCGUUAUACCUACCUGCCUUGUAGGGCAGGAGAGAAGGCACAAGUGUUGCCAGGUCAGGCAGUUUGCCCAUUAGUCCCAUCAUUAAGACUCAGGGUGGCUACUGCACUUUCGUGGUGCCAGGCCCCACCUUAAAACCAACCUGCACUCCAAAGUGCCCGUGGCGUUUGUUUUGGGGAUGAUCAGAAAGAAACCCUUUGAUGUCUUCUCACAGUUUGGUAAAAUGCUGGUAGUAAGAGAUGUCUACACUGUGAACUGAAGAUCCUGUCUGACUGGCCCUUUUGGGUCUAGAAAUCAGGUAGUAAUGAGUGAUGACUGAAGGACGAGUUGGUUCUUAACUUGUGUAUGUUUCAGGUGUGAUUUCAAAAAAGAAAAAAAAAAAAACAAGACAUGGUCAUCUUUCCACUUUUGCUGGAGACCAUUUGCUCUCUGAGAGCCUGGAUUUGUGAAAUUGAGGGUGUGUGCUCUGGUAAAACCUGAGCAGAUUUCCAUGGCCUCUUUGCCUUUCUCUUAUGCAUAGAGAAGUCUGGUCUUGCAUUAAUUGAAAAUCAUUUUGAUUCUUUUCUCUGACACUCUCACUCUCUCUCUCUCUCUCUCUCUUUCACUCUCUCUCUCUCUUUCACUCUCUCCCCCCCCCCCCAGAAGUUGGGUGGGUGGGGAAAUUGGGAGGGGUAGUAUAUGAUUACAAAAUUAUCAUUCUUGUUAGGGAUAUUUUCCAUCCCAGUGAGGUCUGUUUUUCUCACUCUUUCGAAACUGGAAAGCUCUCUGUGAAUACGACUGCAUGAACAUUCCUUAUUUCACGAAGAGGACAGUUUGUAAUUCUGUUCCCUCUGGUGCAGCCUCUAUGUAACUUCAUUGCAACAGAGCAAUUUAAUUUGUACUGCACAAUUCAUUUUCUUGUGGAAAACUAAUAAAAUACAAAUUUUAGUUUCAGCGUGAAAUUGUGGCUGAAGGCUUUUGAGAGUUUUAUGUGAUCCCUUUCUGUCUAAUGACGGAGUGAUGUCAAGCGCUUACACACUUUAUGUACAAGGUUGAUAAGAAGAGCAUUCCCUAAGCUUUAUUACUCCAUCUAAAUGAAAAUGUAAACUGAUACUCUGCAUUCAGCACUUCAGACCUUCCCUGCCAAUGGAGUAGGCAGGAAUUCGGAAUGAAGGUUUAAAAAACGAACAAACAAAGCAAAAGCAUCUCACUUAUUCUGACAACUAGAGUGGUGCCCAGCCCAGGGCUCAGCAGUUAGCUGUUUGGAGGCCUAGAAAAGAUCCCAUUUUACAGGUUCUCCCUCAAAGUAAAGGCUGGGUGGUUUGUGCUGGGCUUAAAGGUGCAUGCCUUUGGGAGGCAAGGGCUGACAGAUCUCUGUGAAAUAUAGUGAGUUCUAGGAUAGCCAGAGAUAUACACCAAGCAAGCAAACAAAAGACAAAAAUCCAACCAACAGACAAAAACUAUUAGAGAUGCUUAGUAUGUGAUUGUCGUGAACAGUAAGAGCAUGAUAUGCAGUAACCCUCUUUUCCAUGUGGAUGGGCUGUAGACACGUGUCUGUCUUCCCAUGUGUAAAAUUUUAACAGAAAUGAUGAUAAAGAUGACACCGACCUUUGACCUCACACGCACACACAUGUGCACAGGUGUGAACACAUGCAUUCAUACUAUCAUGUACGAAUAAUGUACAAAAAGCUCCCAGCAUGGGUCAUCGAUGUUCAAAAGCAGGAGGAGAGAUGGCCUUAGAACACAGGCCUGAGGCCAGUGAGGAGUCUCAGAACUCUUAAGUGCCCACAGGAAGAAGAGUGCUAGAAAUACAAACUUGAGCAGCCGUUGUGGCCCAAGCAUAAGCCACAAAGAGAAACCCUGACUGAAAAACAAAAACAAAAGAAGUGCAGUCUUGCCACACCCUGGGUUGUUCAGGGAACAAAAGGUUACAUUACCCAGCACACAGUUACAGAUUCAUGAUUAGAAAUCUUUCCUCCUCUGCUCUGAGAUGCAGUUGAUCGUGAGUCCUAGGGAAAGUUCUGUUCUUUAGUUAAUCUGUCCAGCAGACUGCCCUCCAGCCCUUUCCAGCCCAGCUUUCAAAUGCUUUGCUGUCUGUUAGCUUUAGACCUCUCCAUCCAUGGUUUCCCAUCAUUCCUCAUCUGAAAGUUUUAGAUCCCCUUGUCUCCUGCCCAUCAUCAUCCCCCCCCCCCCCCCCCCCGAGCUGGGGACCGAACCCAGGGCCUUGUGCUUGCUAGGCAAGCGCUCUACCACUGAGCUAAAUCCCCAACCCCUCUGCCCAUUCUUCAGUACUUAAUUCUUGACCGCCCCUUGCAUGUGAGUGUGGAGCUGGGGAAAUGUGGGUGGUGGGUCACAGGCACACCCUGUAGUGAGAUCACUGCCAGUAGGAAAUGUUUACUCUCCACGAGUCUCACAGCACUGUUUCCUACUCCUGGAGCUGAGGUGAGGAUGCUGAGCUGCGAAUAGGGCUGAGAUCAACCCCCUGAGUCUGAGGGGUAGGGAGAUGACUUAGUCAAGUGCUCACUGCACAAGGAGGAGGACCUGAGGUCCCCAGCUCCCUUUCAAAAGCCACAUGCAGGUGUAUGCAGCUUUAAUGCCAGGGUUUAGCAGGCAGAGGUAAAGGCAGCCCAAGGGGUUCGCUGGUCAGUUAGUCUAGCUGGACACACAGUGAACUCCAGGUCAGCGGGAGACCUGCCUCAAAAGUUACUCUACAGAAAUGAUUGAAGAAGGCACCUCACAAACACCUGUGCCCAUGAAAAACACACACACACACACACACACACACACACACACAUACCCCACACCACACACCACACACCACACACGGGGCAGGGGAGUAAAUUUGAAUACAAAGUGAUAAACCCCAAGUGCUUCGUUCUAAAUGGGAUUCUGUCUUUAAUAUUUUUUCCUAGUCAGCUGCUUGAAGGGGAAUCCUUCAAAGUCUCAUUCUCAGCAUCUCCAUCAUCUUUAACUCCAAGAAAACAGUUAUUUCAAGUAUAAGAAUUAUCUCUGUGAAAUCUCUUUCAAAGUUAGGAGAAAGGCCGAGGGGACUUGGGAGACUCUUGUCCCCGUUCUUGAGAAUCACCCUCCUUUCCUUACCAUACCCCCAAGCCCUCACCCCAUCUGUCCACUCAGCUGCUAGUCCUUAGCAAAUGGGGCAACCCGAUUUCCCGCCUUUCCUUGGCCAAGAGCUCCCUAGGACCAAUCGGGUGGUGGGGACUUGACAUGUCCUGGUAGGGGAGCGAGCUGGGUCCCGCCCCCUCCCGCCCCCUUCACAGGUGCAGCCCUAAUCCCCCCUGGCCUAGAUAUCCGGCAGCCUCUGAGAACCCGGGCUCUGUGAUGUAAUGCGCUUUUUUCACACUCCCGGCUUAAAUACAGAUGGAAAUUGUUGUCAUGUGUUAGAAAUGUCGCCAGUGAUAUAAAAGGCGCAAGCUUGAGCAUCUUCUCUCCCUUCUCGCAUAUCAGCUGCUCCUCCAGCCAGAGCCUGUGCCCUGGAAAACCCACUCAGUGGUCAGGUGGCCGAGGAGCCCCUUAGCUAGCUUAGGAAGGGGUUCAGAUCCCACUCCCCACCCCCGCCUCUCCUUACAGCCGCUGCGGAGCCGAAGACCAGCGUGGUGGGAGGCUCUUUCGGGCGCACAAAAGGAAGGAUUAAUCUUGGCGAUUGGCUGGGCUUUUGCAGGCACAACCCGGUCUCCCAGAGAAGGAGAAGUGCCUGGCGUCGAUUACAGCUUUCUGACUGUGAAGGAGUUCCUGGACCUCGAGCAGAGUGGGACCCUGUUGGAAGUCGGCACCUAUGAAGGAAACUAUUAUGGGACACCCAAACCUCCCAGCCAGCCAGUCAGUGGGAAAGUGAUCACGACGGAUGCCUUGCACAGCCUUCAGUCUGGCUCCAAGCAGUCGACCCCUAAGCGAACAAAAUCCUACAAUGAUAUGCAAAAUGCUGGCAUAGUCCACACGGAGAAUGAGGAAGAGGAGGAUGUUCCUGAAAUGAACAGUAGCUUCACAGCCGACUCUGGAGACCAGGACGAGCCCACUCUCCAAGAAGCGACGCUCCCGCCUGUGAAUAGUAGCGCCCUUGCUGCUCCCAUCACGGACCCUUCUCAGAAGUUCCCUCAGUACCUACCUCUUUCUGCAGAGGAUAAUUUAGGUCCUCUACCUGAAAACUGGGAGAUGGCCUAUACUGAAAAUGGAGAAGUCUAUUUUAUAGACCACAACACGAAAACAACAUCAUGGUUAGACCCUCGGUGCCUGAACAAACAGCAGAAGCCUCUGGAAGAAUGUGAAGAUGAUGAAGGGGUACACACCGAGGAGCUGGACAGUGAACUAGAGCUGCCUGCUGGCUGGGAAAAGAUUGAAGACCCUGUCUACGGUGUCUACUAUGUAGACCACAUCAACAGGAAGACGCAAUAUGAAAACCCAGUCCUAGAAGCCAAAAGGAAGAGACAGCUUGAACAACAGCAGCAGCAGCAGCAGCACCAGCAGCAGCCGCAGCAGCCUCAGCCACCGCAGCCAGAAGAGUGGACAGAAGAUCAUGCAUCUGUUGUGCCUCCUGUUGCUCCUUCCCAUCCCCCAAGCAACCCGGAGCCAGCCAGGGAAGCUCCACUUCAGGGCAAACCUUUUUUUACAAGAAACCCUUCUGAGCUGAAAGGCAAGUUCAUUCACACAAAGCUACGGAAAAGCAGUCGAGGCUUUGGCUUCACGGUGGUUGGAGGGGACGAACCUGAUGAGUUCCUGCAGAUCAAGAGCCUUGUCCUAGAUGGUCCUGCUGCACUGGAUGGCAAGAUGGAGACAGGAGAUGUAAUCGUCAGUGUGAAUGACACCUGUGUUUUGGGACACACACAUGCUCAAGUUGUGAAAAUUUUCCAGUCCAUUCCCAUUGGUGCCAGUGUGGACCUUGAACUCUGCAGAGGUUAUCCAUUGCCUUUUGACCCGGAUGACCCUAACACAAGUUUAGUGACCUCGGUGGCCAUUUUGGACAAAGAACCAAUAAUUGUAAACGGACAAGAGACCUAUGAUUCACCAGCAAGCCACAGUAGUAAAACGGGCAAAGUCAGCAACAUGAAGGAUGCCAGGCCAAGCAGCCCCGCAGACGUGGCUUCCAACAGUUCUCAUGGGUAUCCCAACGACACAGUCUCCUUGGCUUCCUCCAUAGCCACCCAGCCAGAGCUAAUAACCGUUCACAUAGUCAAAGGGCCAAUGGGAUUUGGCUUUACGAUCGCAGAUAGUCCCGGUGGGGGUGGCCAAAGAGUGAAGCAGAUUGUUGACAGUCCGCGCUGCAGAGGCCUCAAAGAAGGGGAUCUGAUUGUGGAGGUGAAUAAGAGGAACGUGCAGGCCCUGACGCACAAUCAAGUCGUGGAUAUGCUGAUUGAGUGUCCAAAGGGAAGUGAGGUCACACUGUUGGUGCAGCGAGGAGGGCUACCAGUUCCCAAGAAGAGUCCAAAGUCGCCACUGGAGAGGAAAGACAGCCAGAACAGCUCCCAGCACAGUGUGUCCAGCCUCCGGAGCCUGCACACAGCUUCCCCGAGCCACAGUGCACAGGUGCUCCCUGAGUACCCACCUGCAGACGUCCCUGCUCCAGAUCAGACCGACAGCUCUGGGCAGAAAAAGCCAGAUCCCUUUAAAAUCUGGGCCCAGUCGAGGAGCAUGUAUGAAAACCGACCUAUGUCACCUUCGCCUGCGUCAGGACUGAGCAAGGGUGAAAGAGACAGAGAGAUCAAUUCCACGAAUUUUGGAGAAUGUCAGAUUCCAGAUUACCAGGAGCAGGACAUCUUCCUCUGGAGAAAAGAGACCGGUUUUGGAUUUAGGAUUCUGGGUGGAAAUGAGCCAGGGGAACCCAUUUAUAUCGGUCACAUCGUACCACUGGGUGCUGCUGACACAGACGGCCGCCUGAGGUCUGGAGAUGAAUUAAUCUGUGUGGAUGGGACACCAGUAAUUGGGAAAUCACACCAGCUCGUGGUCCAGCUUAUGCAACAAGCUGCCAAGCAAGGCCACGUCAAUCUCACAGUGAGGCGUAAAGUGGUGUUUACGGUCCCCAAAGCAGAGAACGAGGUGCCCUCACCAGCCUCAUCGCACCACAGUAGCAACCAGCCAGCGUCCCUGACGGAAGAGAAGCGCACACCGCAGGGCAGCCAGAACUCGCUGAACACCGUGAGCUCAGGCAGCGGCAGCACCAGCGGCAUUGGCAGUGGUGGUGGCGGAGGCAGCGGCGUGGUGAGCGCUGUGCUGCAGCCAUAUGAUGUGGAGAUUCGGCGUGGGGAGAACGAGGGCUUUGGGUUUGUCAUCGUGUCCUCCGUGAGCAGGCCUGAAGCGGGCACCACCUUCGCAGGCAAUGCAUGUGUGGCUAUGCCUCACAAAAUAGGUCGGAUUAUUGAGGGGAGCCCUGCUGACCGCUGUGGCAAGCUGAAAGUAGGAGACCGGAUCUUGGCGGUAAAUGGAUGUUCCAUCACCAACAAAUCCCAUUCUGACAUUGUCAACCUAAUCAAAGAAGCAGGCAACACAGUGACUCUCCGCAUCAUCCCCGGGGAUGAGUCCUCCAAUGCCACACUGCUGACUAAUGCGGAGAAGAUUGCCACCAUCACCACCACUCAUGCCCCCUCACAACAGGGGACCCAGGAAACAAGGACCACCACCAAACCAAAGCCGGAUUCUCAGUUUGAGUUCAAAGGACCGCAGGCUACACAGGAGCAAGAUUUUUACACUGUGGAAUUGGAAAGAGGAGCCAAGGGAUUUGGCUUUAGUCUUCGAGGAGGGCGAGAGUAUAACAUGGACCUUUAUGUUCUGCGCUUAGCAGAGGAUGGUCCUGCAGAAAGAUGCGGAAAGAUGAGGAUUGGCGAUGAAAUUCUAGAGAUCAAUGGUGAGACCACCAAAAACAUGAAACACUCUCGGGCCAUAGAACUGAUCAAGAAUGGCGGCCGCAGAGUCCGUCUGUUUCUGAGGCGGGGAGACGGCUCGGUCCCAGAAUAUGCGAUGAUCCCUCCUAAUAUCGCUGCAUGUAUGAGAAAUGAAAAGUUCGGGGAGGCUUGCUUCUACCUUAUGGGCCAUAAUCAAACUACGACCCCAGCAGCGACAGGAACGGCCCCUCCACCGGUGCACAAGGUGUUCCGGAAGUGAGGCUGGGGCCACCGGACCACAGAUCACAUCCAGCCUUGGAGUCCAGUUACCCACCCGAUCUUCACAAAUCAUCACAACAUGCCGAAAAGCGAGCACACGCGAAGGAUCCGAAAGGCAACAGGGAGCACAGCGGACAGCCCAACGAACAUCACACUUGGAACGGAACUUCUAGAAAACCCGACAGUGGGGCAUGCCGGCCCAAAGACCGGCCACCCGACACAUGGAGAGAGGCGCAGCCGGAAUGGACAGCCACCAAUGGCCCAAAGAGGAGGUCUCCGGAGAAGCGCAGGGAAGGCACCCGCAGUGCUGACAACACUUUGGAAAGAAGGGAGAAGCAUGAGAAGAGAAGAGAGAUGUCUCCUGAGAGGAAGCGAGAGCGGUCACCCACCCGGAGAAAAGACAGCUCCCCGAGCCGCCGGCGGAGGUCCCUCGAAAGACUCCUGGAUCAAAGAAGGUCCCCAGAGCGCAGAAGAGGGGGCUCGCCCGAGAGGAGAGCAAAGUCCACCGACAGGAGGAGGGCCAGGUCCCCAGAGCGCAGGCGAGAGCGGUCACUGGACAAAAGGAACCGAGACGACAAAGUUGGCCACCGAGAAAGGGAGGAGGCUGGUCUGAAGCUGGAAGCCGGGAGAAGCCCCAGAAAUCCCCCAGAGCAGAGAAGGCGGCCUUACAAAGAAUGUAGCACCGACCUCAGCAUCUGAGACUCAGAGCAUUGCAACCUUUACCGUGUCAAAGGUUCUAAGAGGAAGGUCGCAAAAUGAAAUAAUUUAGUUUCUUACCUGAGGAAGCAUCUGACACCUGGUAGUCCUAAGAACAGUAACAGACAUUUUAUGCAUCUGAAAUCUUAUAAGGAAAAAAAUAUAUAUGAAAAGUCUUGUGCCUGAUGUAUAAUAUUAAAGAAAGUAUUUUUAAAUGCAUACUUUUUUUUUUGAAAAUUAUUUGCCAAAAUACUGGCCCAAAGGGAUAUAUACAUUUUGUUUCUUCACAAGCUAUAGAGUUGUUCCUUCUUUGGGGCAAACUCUUUCUCUCCUAAAUAAACGGGGCUGUUGGUCAUGUCCUAUAAGUAAAUGCAGUUAAAUUUAACUCAGUAUAAACUGUUUCGAAGUGACGUAGUGCUAUACUGUAAGCCCCUGUUUUUCUGAAAAGCAGAACACAGAAAUAUACAGACUGAGGAUCUUUUAGGAUGGAUUAGGGUGGCCAUUGAGCCUAAAAUUCAGCCAACUAUGGGACAAGAAUACUACUGCAAAUGAAGGAUAUUUAUGACUACAGUGCAUGGCACUAAGAAACCUUAUGAUCUUGAGGUAUAAUUGGUAUAGUCAAAGAACGGUUUGUGCUCUCCCUGGCCCAGAAAGGUGCAGAAACAAGAAGGUUGGCUGCCAUUAACCAAACCCAGCCUUAGCUGAGACGAUCAGGUUCACCAGGUUCCACCACAGAAUACAUCUCACCUGCAGCAGCGCCCAUUGCAAAGUGUCAGCCUCUGGGCAGAGCAGACAAGCUCCUUCUGGGUUGUCUGGUCCAGUUUGAAGCUGAGUAGAUGGAAUGUAGGACCCGUACCUCUGGGAUGAGGGAGAUGUAAAUGUCUCCCACAUGCAAAGAGUACCCUCCCCCCACUAUUUAGCAUAAGCCCCUGCUUGCCCUCUGCCCAGUGGGAGCAGAGGAGUGAACUUUGGUGGUGGAAACCUGUCACGAUAUUUUAAAAGUAUUGGGGCUGCAUAUUCCUGGAAUAGUUGAUCACACACUUUGAAACCAUAAUCCAAGUCCUAAGGAUUGAUUGAAAGGGAAGGAAGAACAUGAUGACGCCUGUGGGUCUUGAUCUGUCUGCUGGGAAAUGACCCUAUCCCUUGUGUUUGGGGACAGCGAAGGAAAAUGUAAUGGUUUUUCUUGCUGAAAUAGACCCAUUUUCUGAACCUCAGAAGGUGUGGUUGGGUCAGUUGUAGCCCUGAGAUGUGGUUUAAAUGGAUUACUGCCUAGCUGAGCCAAAGCGUUUGCUUGUAUCUGUUGGACCACUGCAGCAAACCCUGCUGACAGAGCAUUUGUAUUUCUGUAGUACUGUUUUGCAUUUUCCAUUCAGACACAGAACUGUGCAAGUCAAUCACUGUUGAUUCCCGUGGUACUGUAAUAAGGGAGGGGCGAAAAAAAAAAUAGAAAAGAAAACCAGCCAAUCAUUGUACGUAGAGUUUAAAAUUGUAAUUAAUAGAGCCUCUUUGGAAGAAAAAAAUAAAACAACUGUUGCCUUUUUUUGUAUAAAAGAGAAUUUAUGACAGAAGUCUAGCUGUGAGGAAUGUGAUACGUGUCUAUAUUUCUGAAUAUGAACAGAUUGAUUCUUGGGGAUAUACUUUAUUGUAAAUCAGGUAUGUAAAGUUGUUUUAAAGUGGGACAUUAUAUAAGUAAUCGUCACAGCUUUCAUUUGUUAGGGCUGUUGUUUCUCCGUGGAGAGACUGCUCAUUUGCACUCUCUGUUCACUUAUUUCUUGCCUCACGCUCCCUCUGUGUUGAUGAAAAGCAAUGUGUGGGCCAUUCCUUUUAUAAAACACUAUGCACAUAUAAA